CACGUACUAGUUAAGGUUACGCUGAAAUAGCCUCUCAAGGCUCUCAGCUAGGUCAUUCAUUCAUACUUUCCUAUUACCCUCUGCUGGGGUGUAGGGCUCGAAUAAAAUUUUUCCAUUUACAUCAGUCUUGGGCAGUCUGUUCUAGCUCCUCCCACGUCAUGCCCAAGACCCCUAACUCCUGCUCCACCGAGCGACGCCAAGUUGUUCUGGGGUGGCCUAUCUUCCUUUUGCCAGACGCUUUCCAGAUUAGUGCUCUCUUUGAUAGGUGGGUAUCGGGCUUUCUCAAAAUGUGAUCAAUCCAAUACCACUUCCGCGUAAGGAUCUCCUUCUCCAUUGGUGUCUGCUCAGCUAGGUAGGAAAUAAAAAGCCUUUUUCAAUUUUACGUACGUGUGUGUAUUCGAUACCAGACAAUAACGGCCAAACGAAAACACUUCCAAGAAGAAUAACGCAACAUCUGCAAUAUACACGAGGGAGGGGCCGAAAUUUUUAAUUUUCCGAAUCACACGUCUCGACUCACAAGCGUUACGUACAGAGCGCUGAGGUGUUCUGGGGUUUUUUUUAAUGAAAAAUGCACACGUCUAACUCUUUGUUUUCGAAUCGGUCGCACGUACAACGGGGUGCGUUUUGAAUUUUAAAAUGCAUUUCUUGAAAUGCAUCUCUAGAAUAGAAUCAUUGUUUUUCUAUUUUUGUUCUUGAGUUUUAUUACUGGUGGUAGAACGUCUUGUGAGUAUUACUGGUGGUAAGAUCUCUCGUGAGUUCGCACGGGCAGGUACCACCACCCUGCCUAUUUCUGCCGUGAAGCAGUAGUGCGUUUCGGUUUGAAGGGGUGGGGUAGCCGGUUUUUUUUUGGCUUGGUGUCAAGUGGUUACUAGAGCCCAUAGACAUUUACAACGUAAAUACCACCACCUACCUUGAGAUAUAAGUUCUAAAGUCUCAGUAUAGUUACAACGGCUGCGCCACCCUUCAAACCGAAACGCAUUACUGCUUCGCGGCAGAAAUAGGCGGGGUGGUGGUACAUAGCUGUGUGGACUCACAAGAGGUCCUACCAUUAACUAUAACCUACCACUAACAAUAACUAUACUGGGACCUUAGAACUCACAUCUCAAGGUGGAUGGCGGUAUUUACGUUGUAGAUGUCCAUGGGCUCCAGUAACCACUUAACACCAGGUGGGCCGUGAGCUCGUCCACCCAUUCAAGCAAUAAAAAAAAAUUAAAAUGUUAUUUGUAAAAAUAAAAUGUUGUUUAAACACUGAUUCACCAAUCUAUUGAUAGACAAAAAUCCUUAGGUUACAAACUAAAGAUACAAUAAAUUUCAUAAAAACAAAAUAUCGUUAUCACCACGAUUGCGAUUAACGUUGCUAUCUGUAUCGAGCCGCCAUCGUACAAACAAUGACAAUAGACUAGCAUGGCAUCGCGUAUUUGCUUAUAACAAAAAAGUAUUACUUGAAACAUUAGUUUAUCAUUACUAACUGACCCGGCAAACAUUGUUUUGCCAUAUAUAAGAUUUCUAGGGAAUUUCUAGUGUAGAAAAAAAAACUAACUUAUUGUAAGUGUGUAAGGAUGUGGUAAAUGAGUGAAAGAGGUGUGCAGUGCUGUGAACGAUGAGGGAAUGUAUAAUAAAAAUAACAAAACCUCAUUCAACCACAUAAUACCUCAUUAUAACAAAAAAAAAUGUCCGAAUAAAAAAAUAUGUUAGGGGUGGACAACCCUAAUCACUUAGGGGUAUGAAAAAUAGAUAGUAGCCGAUUCUCAGACUUACUGAAUAUGCAUAAAAAAUUUCAUGAGAAUCGGUCAAGCGGUUUCGGAGGAGUAUGGGAACGAACAUUGUGACACGAGAAUUUUAUAUAUUAGAUUAAACCCAAAAUCAUCAUUAUUUGUAUAUGAUUCCUUAAUGUACCUCAGAAGACAGUUUAAGACCAAAAAUAACGCCUGCCGAACAAAAACGUUAAUUAUUCAAUAGUUGCUGAUAGAUAUUCAAUAGUCAAUUAGUGAUCGCGAAAUUGACAAGACAUGUAGAAAAUUGAACAAUUGACACAUACACUUUAGGGUCCUAAGGGAUUACUUUUUAGGAUUUCGCUGUGGGAAGCGGCCACAAAACAAUUAACAUAGGUACGUUCAUACGUGCUUUUGACUGAAAUUAAUAUGGCACUAAUCAAAUUUAAUAACCACUUUUUUUCCUACCUAUGCUUUGUGUGAUAGCUUUGAGAGGUUAUUUAUUAUUAUAACAUGAGCUCACGGGGCUCAAACAGGAAGUGUUGCUUACACUGACCCUAGCAAGAGCAGUGCUUCGCAGAAUCUACCAACGGAUCGGAAACGCGACCCACUGAGAAGAUCCGGCGAGAAACUCAGUGGGCUCUGUCUAUCUGUGGGUUAAUUCGCUCGCCGAGCCCUUCGUCGCAAGUGACGGGUUCGACGAGGACGGUGACCGGUGCUUGAGGUACCCAAAAGCACCGUUAAUAGAUCGGAAGGAUCCGUAAUGACGCGCAAUAACUACGAUUGUAGCUCAAAUUGAGCUGUAGUCUCACAUUUGAGUACUUUUAUAGCAAGCUUUGAUUGGCUUCAUUGUGACCAUUGUAACGCCAAUACUGAACUUAAAUUUUCAACUACUAUUUAAAAGUAUCGUAUCGUUUUGAAACGUAAAAUGUAAAGCCAAUAAUUUUUUAUACUUAAAUUGGCCACUGUGAACCCAUCGUUAAAUCGUGCUAAAAAAAAUUCCCUACCUAUACUCUGGUAGCCUAAGAGGCUAUUCCAGUUAACCGAGCUAUUUAUAACAAUCUAUUGUUAAUAUUCUAAACUGCAAUAGGUAAUUUAUUCGACACGUAUGUACAUACGGUUAAUCCGAAAUACGUACUUAACGAUUGACUUCCACGGUGAAGGAAUAACAUCGUGUAUAAAAAAUCAAACCCGCAAAAUUAUAAUUUGCGCAAUUACUGGUGGUAGGACCUCUUGUGAGUCCGCACAGGUAGGUACCACCGCCCUGCUUAUUUCUGCCGUGAAGCAGUAAUGCGUUUCGGUUUGAAGGGUGAGGCAGCCGUUGUAACUAUACUGAGAUCUUAGAACUUAUAUCUGCAAGUGGGUGGCGCAUUUACGUUGUAGAUGUCUAUGGGCCCCAGUAACCACUUAACACCAGGUGGACUGUGAGAUCGUUCACCCAUCAAAGCAAUACAAAAAAAAAACAUAGUGAUACAGACAAACAAAUGGCACAACUAAACCAUGACAUAUUUACGUUUCCAAGGCAAAUCAAAGACACUUUCUAAUCAAUUACUUGUACAGACAAACACUAGGAACAAUUAUGGAUCGUAAUAAACUAAAACAUUACGUAGAACCGUACGCGAUUUUGUUUAAAUAAAUGAUAAGUGAAUAUCAGUGCGAUACGGACAGCCGACGACAUCGACCGCGUAAAUCAAAAGUGAACUCAUUGAAGUAGCUCAGAAGAAAAACGACAGUUUUUUUGUGUGAAAUGAAACGUGUUAUGAAAAGUGAAAACAAACACAAAACUAAAAAAACAAAUAUGUAAGCUUCGAUGAAUUAUAAGAAAGAAUCUAAGUUAAACAGUGGCAACAAAGUGAAGUGAUUUUUGUGCUUGGAUUUAGAUAUUGUUAUCAUUGGACCACUAUAGGCUAAUAUUGGACAUAAAUGCAGCAGAUAAAUAAACCUCUUGCCAUAUUUUGCAAGUAGUCAUCGUAUUUGAAUUCCCGGACAACGAUUUUCCCUUGGAUGAUAAUAUAUUUAUUACUUAGAAACUCAUUAGCGAGCUAAGUUGGGCUCCGCGGUUUAUACCGUGUUGAAUUAGGGCGUUUAAACAAUCAAACUCUCCAGGCGUGUAAUGUUUUAUGCAUUAUAUAGUACAAAUACAGUUGUUUCAUAACAAUUGGAGAGUAAAAAAAUUUAUUAAAAUGUUAGAUAAAGUAGACUUCACAGAUAAAGUGGCCAUCAUAACAGGCGCUAGCUCUGGUAUAGGAGCCGAAACCGCAAUAGCAUUUGCGACAUAUGGGGCUAAGCUAACAUUAGUCGGAAGAAACGAAACAAGACUCUUACAAACAGCACAAUUGUGCGUUGCGAGAAACCGUUUAGUCCCUCUAUGGCUAUCUCUAGACCUAACUGAAAAUGGAAACUGCGAAAGGGUUAUCGAUAAAACUAUCGAAAUGUAUGGUAAAAUCGAUAUACUGGUCAACGGUGCCGGAAAAAUUAUACUAUCCUCGCUUCACGACAGUUCAAUGAACGCGUUCGACGAAAUCAUGAACAUAAAUUUUCGAGUACCCUACCAUUUAUCAUUAUUGGCUUUACCGCACCUGAUCCAAACAAAAGGGAACAUAGUGAACAUAGGUUCGUCAAUGUGCAAAAGAUUCAAACCUGGAUUAUUACCGUACAUCAUAUCGAAAUCAGCAUUGGAGACGUUGACCAAACACGCUGCACCGGAACUCGUGCCCGAUGGAGUGAGAAUCAACACGAUCAGUCCAGGGUCAACAAGGACGAAUAAACUGGCCAAUUCCAAUUCGGAGAACAAAUUGAGGCAGAAGAUUAACGAAGUUUGGGGACAAGAGAUGCCAAAUGGUCAAAUAUUGGAGCCAAACGAGGUUGCCAAAUUGAUUUGUUUGGCUGCUAGCGAUGUUUUUCCUAAUUUAAACGGUUCUGAUUUAAUGUUGGACGGUGGGGCAUGUAAUUCUUAAUUUUUCCUCAAAUAACAUCUUCUGCAACAUCGUUGUUUACUAUGCAAGUUAUGAAACAAUUUUAUAGUCAUAGCCACAGUUUUCAUUCUAGAUUUUAUAAUAUUUAUAUUAAAAAGACAUUUAAAAACAA